UGACUUGUUUUUUUCACGUAGUUUGGUUCUGGAGUAUUAGAAGAAAAUAAUAACAACGGUGCUUUUUGCAUGUUGCAGAUUCUCUUCCCAACAUGAAAACUAAAUGACCAGAAGGUGUGUCUAAUGAGCCAGCUGAGCGCGAUGGCAGCGCUGCGAGCAGCCAAACAGACCCUCAGGAAAGAGCUCAAGAAGCGAGUUGCUGCUCUGAGUGACGAGGAGAAGCGACGCCAGUCCCAGAUCGUUUCACAAAAGCUGUUCAAACAUCCCAACUACAGAAGCAGUCAACGCAUUGCUGUGUUCCUGAGCAUGUAUGAUGAAGUUUGCACCGACGCCAUCCUUCAGCACAUGUUCAGCAGCGGCAAGGUCUGUUUCAUCCCUAGGUACCAGAGCAACAGCAACCACAUGGACAUGCUGCGCCUGAACAGUAUGGAGGACAUGAACUCGUUGCCCGUCACCAGCUGGAACAUUCAGCAGCCUGCUGACAACGACACACAGAGAGAGGAAGCUCUUGCUACAGGUGGCCUCGACCUGAUCCUGAUGCCCGGACUGGGCUUUGAUAAAAAUGGCAAUCGCUUGGGGAGAGGUAAAGGCUUCUACGACUUGUACCUUCAGCGCUGCAUGAGGCACCUUAAAGGCAAACCUUACACCAUCGCACUGGCCUUCAAAGAGCAGCUGUGUGAACAGGUUCCUGUGGACGACAGUGACAUACUUAUUGAUGAAGUUCUCUAUGAGGACGUUUAAGUAGGGGAAAAAAUGUAUUUCAAACCCCAGUUUACUCUGUAUAAUUCACAGAAAUCAACAAAGGGGUAAACAUAAGUGGCUUAAGUAAAUGCAGCUUUUUUUCCAUGACCUCACCCAAAUAAAAUCCAACUAACUGCUUUUGGUUAAGUUAAUAAUUAAAUGAUGGAACAUUUAUAUAUGUUGUGAAAUGGAAAAUGAUGCCUCUAAAUCUCAAUAUAAUCACCAAUCCCUGUUCA